AUGUCUGCAGACUAUUGGUCGUCUUCACAACGAAAUAAAUGGCAGUUUACCCGUGAGGGUCUCGCCGAUUGCAGAAGGAAAUUGGUGCUACUAGAGAAGAAGAUGAUUCAAGGUGGGUUGAUCAAGGAAAAUCCCCAGAUCGUAUACGAUGUCAACAUGCGGAUAUAUCUUCACACAUUGGUGGUCAAGCUUGGCAGAAGACUCAAUGUUAGGCAGAUUGCCUUGGCCUCUGCCGAAGUGUACCUCUUUCGAUUCCUCACACGGGUUCUGUUGAAGGAAGUCAACGCAUACCUCCUAGUCACUACGUGUUUAUACGUUGCUUGCAAGAUCGAAGAGUGUCCACAACAUUUACGACUUAUAGUUCUGGAAGCAAGAAACUUAUGGCCCGAAUAUAUACCCCAUGAUGUUACGAAACUAGCAGAGUUUGAGUUCUAUCUCAUUGAAGAAAUGGAACUGUACCUUUUGCUCCAUCACCCAUAUAAGUCACUUCUUCAGAUACGGGACUUUAUUAAUGAAAACAGCACCCACUUUGGCUUCUCUCUUACGGAUGACGAACUCCAACACCUGUGGUCACUAAUCAACGAUAGCUACAUCACCGACCUCCACCUACUUUUCCCACCACAUAUCAUAGCCAUGGCUGCCAUAUACAUAACGGUGGUUCUAAAAAAGAAUCUCAAUUCUAUUAGAAGCUCGGGUGGCCCCGUUGGUAGCCAAGGGUCGGACGGGAAGGACUCUUCCAUGCACCUCGAUGACCUCAUGACGCUCCAUGCUGGCGCUGAGGUUGGCAUACAAAGCACGUCUGGCAGUAAUUUGCCCGACCUGAGGCUAGACGAAGAUACUGUCAAGAUCGACCGAUUCAUGAACUUCUUUAACUACUCCCAUGUGAAUCUUGACGAGAUGGUCGAGGCAAUGCAAGAAAUGAUAAAUUUGUACAUUGCAUGGGACCGCUACAAUGAAAAUCAAGUGCGCAAGGCAUUGCAACAAAUGCUACUUAGUCGCUAG